CAAACCACCGGCCAUGUUUGUUUGCUACCGGAUCACGAGAUCCAGUCAGAACCGGAGGCAUUUCACCUUGGUCCAGAUGCAAAAAAACUAAUUCUGUUGGGUGUCCCUAUGUAUUUAGAUGAAAUUUCAAAUAAGGAGACGACUGACUUGGAAUCUCCUCUGCUCAGCUGUUGUGCAGGAAUAACAAGUUUGGCCAAAGAAUUGUCUUUUUGGAUCAACAAGAGAAGCUAGAACAAUGAGUUCAACAGAAGAAACCCAAGCUAUUCAAACAUUGUUUAAAUAUCAGCAUUCGUUUAUAACUUUCAAGGUCAUUUCAACUGCCUGUGAGUUGGGCGUCUUCGAUCUGCUGAGAGAAUCAGGGGAAUGUCUGUCCUCUGUGGCUGUGGCUGAGCUCUUGAAGACCAGCCCCAUUGGAAUGCAGAGGCUGCUGGAGGCCUGUGCGGGGUUAAAGCUCCUGACACUGGAGUGGAAGGAUGGCAAAGAUCUUUAUGGAAACACAGACUUUACCAAUCUCUACCUAGUCAAAUCAAGCCCAAAGUCUCAAUAUUAUUCCAUAAAGUUCUAUUCUGAUGUUCUAUAUCCAUCAAUGCAACAUUUGCCUGAUGCUGUGAGGAAAGGAAAAAAUCAGACGUUAUCAAUGUAUGGCUGUCCCGACAUUUUUGAGGUCAUUUACAGAUCAAAGGAAGAGUUAGAAACCUCGUCCGGGUUUUUGAAUGAGCUCUGGCCUGUGGUAGGAAGAGAAGUGCUUUCUGCCUUUAACCUGUCCCAGUUCCCACUCAUUUGUGAUCUGGGUGGAAACACUGGUGGCUUAGCUAAGGAAUUGAUUUCACUCUACCCAAAAUGUACUGUGACCAUUUUUGACCUUUCUAAACUAGUGGAAGCCUCCAAGAAUCGUUGUUUGCCUUCAGAAGAGUCCCGGAUCACUUUCCAUGCAGGUGAUUUUUUUAAAGAUCCCAUUCCUGAAGCAGACCUGUACAUUUUGGCCAGGACUCUGCAUGACUGGUCGGACGAGAAAUGUUUGCAGCUCUUACGCAAAGUUUACCAGGCCUGCAAACCUGGUGGCGGUGUCUUAAUAGUGGAAAUGCUUCUUGAUGAAGACAAAGGAGGGCCUUCAAUGGCCCACUUCUACUCCUUGAUAAUGUUGCUCCUCGUUGAAGGGAAAGAACGGUCAGCAUCCGAGUUUAAUGUGCUGCUCCGCAAAGCUGGUUUUCAAAAAAUUGAGUUAAAGAAAGGAAGCCUCUUUCAUGUUAUUCUAGGAAGAAAAUAAUGCUGCCCCUGAUUCCUUCCUGUUGAAAGUUUAAGAUGAAAUUGUAGUAAUCAAAGCCUUGAUUUGUUAAUUACAGGUAUAUUGUAUUCUUCUUCCAGAAUCCAUAGAGUACGUAGCUCAGGGGUGAAAUGUAAAAUUUGUUACUACCGGUUCUGUGGGCGUGGCUUGGUGGGGGACUAAUGUGACUGGAUGGGCGUGGCCAACUUUUUUUUUUUUUUACUUUUCAAAACAUUUUUUCUACAGAAAAAAAAGCCUGUGAUGAUCAGGAAACUUAGUUCUGGGGAUCAGGCAACUCACCUGGGAUCAUCAGAGGAAAAAAAGCUUUGAAAGGGUUCUGAUGAUCCCAGCGGAGUUGCCUGAUCUCCAGAACCCUUUAAAAUCACUUUUUUUUUACAGCUUCUUCGGCCGAAGAGGUUGUAAAAAAAUCCUUUGAAAAGGUUCUGACAUUCCCAGCUGAGCCGCACAAUCAUCAGAAGCUUUUUUUUUACUUUUAAAAGCAUUUUUUCAGCGAAAGAAAAAAUGCUUUUAAAAGUAAAAAAAAAACCUCUGAUGAUCACGCAGCUCAGCUGGGCAUGCAGGGGAAGUGGGGGGGAAGGGAUUUUUGCUACCAGUUCUCUGAACCACCUGACGCCAUCACUACCGUAUCGGCUGAUCCGGUCCGAACCAGGAGCAUUUCACCCCUGAUGUAGCUGAUCUUUUUCUUAUCACACAAUCUUUCACCAUAACUAGGGAUCGCUGAUCAUGGCUGCAAAAAUCCUGAGAACUAACUCUGGGCAAUAAAGGAAUCAAGGAAAUUCUUACCACAUGACAAAAAUUAAUCUCCUUAUAGAUCUUCAGUUCAUCCCAUUCUGAGAUACAAAGACAAUCUUCUUACACACAUUAAACAAACGUACAAGAAAAAAUCUGAUGGGUCUGGAUCAGGAUUCAAAACCACACAUGUUGCUUUGCUAAUUCAAAAAGCAAUUAAGCCCUAAAAACUCUGCAACACACACAGAAUGCAACAGGUGCUAACAAGAUGAAUAACAAUAUUAACUGUAGGAUCGCAAGCCUAGCCACAAGGAAAUUAACAGUUAGUGCUGGGAACUCAAGGGUUUUAGAUAAUGGCUAUGGUGAAAUAACAAUUUCAGAAACAUUCUCUCAUUCUUUCUAUGCCUAGUUAUAUAUUUCAAUGCGUAUGAAUUAACCCAAUCAGUAAGAUAAUCUUAUUAGUGCUGCAUCCUAUUAAUAGGCUAAUUACUACAUAUAGAUAUCAUAACAAUCAAAUUUAAAAUAUAGUUUACGUAGGUUGUAAAAGGGGCUUAUAAUAUCAUUGCUCUUUAAGCUUUUCUAUUUUAUCACUGGUACUAAAUCUGUCAAUAAACUAAUUUGCAUACUG